CCCAGCAAGAGAGUCGUCGCUGAAUGUAAAAUGAGGUGCAGGAUUUUUGGAAUCGGAGCGAGCCAUUAGUUAACGACCGUGGUUACUAAUCAACCUGAAAAUUACGAAAAUAUUGGAGCAAGCCAAAUGGAACUUAGUGGAUCAAGUGUUCCUGUUCUCCAGAAUGAAACAAUAUCAUGAAUAAGCAACUGGACCAUGUCAAGAAAGGUAACAAAAAGAGGAGGCACAGACAAAGACUACAUUUGUUAUGAUGAUGAGACACAUUUUCAACAGAGGAACGGUGUGCAAAAUUUCAUUCAGUGCAGUGAGUGUGGGGAACAUUUAACACAUGGAGACAACCUUAACAUUCACACGGAGAUCCUGAGUAGGUGUAGUAAAUUCGAGAAGACGUUUGGUGAAAUACAACACUUUAAAUUGAACUGGGGACUCGAGUGCAGGAAGAGCAGUACUGAAUUUCCAGUGUUAAAAAUGCACGAGAGGUUUAACAACGGAGGAAGCGUCCACACUUGAAAUGGACGUGGGAAAACCUGCAGUGGAUCUGGAAUCCUUAAAUCGCACCCGAGGAUUCACAAUAUUUUUAACGAAUGUGGGAAAGGAUUAAGUCAAAUGCAGAACCUUACAUCACACACAAGAACUGAUACUGGAGAAAAACUAUAUGUGUGUGAAGAAUGUGGGGAAGAGUAUUGUCAUCUUCAGCACUGUACUCUUCACCUAGUUGUUCAUAACGGAGAGAAAGUGUCUGACAAUUUAAAGCAACAUCAGAGUGUUCACACCGAUGAAAGGCUAUACAGCUGUGAUGAAUGUGGGAAGAGCUUCAAGAACCCAAAAACAUUAAAGGAACAUCAAGGAAUUCACACCGGAGAGAAACCACACUACUGUAGUGAAUGUGGAAAGAGGUUUAGGGGCUUAGGAAAGUUAAAAAUUCACAAGAGAAUUCACACUGGGGAGAAACCAUACUGUUGCAACGAAUGUGGGAAGGGCUUCAGUGAAAAUGGGCAUUUAAGAAGACAUCAGAGAGCUCACACAGGAGAGAAGCUGUACUGCUGUGAUCAAUGUGGCAAGACCUUUUGUGAGUCAGGGACUUUAAAAAAGCACUACCGAAUCCACACCGGGGAAAAACCCUACUGCUGCAAUGAAUGCGGUAAGAGCUUUCGGCAGGCAGGAACUCUACAACAACAUCAGAGGAUUCACAAAGGAGAAAAGCCCUACUGCUGCACGGAAUGUGGAAAGAGCUUUCGGCAAUCGGGAACACUGCAGCAACAUCAGAAAAUCCACAGAGGCGAGAAGACUCACUGUUGCAAUGAAUGCGGGAAGAGGUUUAGUGAACUAAGAAAGUUGAAGAGUCAUCAGAAACUGCACGCAGGAGAGAAACCACACUGCUGUAAUGAAUGCGGAAAACGGUUUAGCAAAUUAAGAAGGUUGACAUAUCACCAGAGAAUUCACACUGGAGAGAAACCACACUGUUGUAAUGAAUGCGGGAAGAGAUUCAGUGAAUUGAUAAAGCUGAAAACUCACCAGAGGAUUCACACAGGAGAGAAGCCCCAUUGUUGCGCUGAAUGCGGGAAGAGCUUCUGUGUAUCUGGAAAUUUGAAAAGACAUCAGAGGGUUCACAUAGGAGAGAAGCUGUACUGCUGUCAGCAGUGUGGAAAGAGCUUUUGUGACCCGAGAACAUUAAAAAAGCACCACCAAAUCCAUCAAGCUGCAUCAUUGUAAUGAUUUUGGGAUUAGCUUUUUUGCAUUUAGAAACAUUACAACAGCACUGGAGAGUCGAUGCGGGAGCAAACUAUACACUGUCAUAAUGAAUUUGGUAUAAACUUGACGAAUUAUGUAAUUAAAAACAAUCAUCCCAGAAUUCACACCGCACAGUAGUUGUACAUCUCUGAUGAAUGUGACAAGCACUUAAGUUCCUGUGCCAAAAUAAGACACACCACAGCAUCCAUGUGGUCUUCUGCUCUAGUACAAUAUGAUUGAAAUGUUAAUUUAUUUCAGUAAUUCAAUUCAAAAAGUGAAAUUCAUAUAUUAUAUAGGUUUA